UGCACAAUUCAUUUUAUUAUGUUAUUAAAGUGUUCCAUGUAAUGCUUGUGUGAGUUUUCUUUCUUAUUGAACACAGUAUAUGACAGUAACAUUCUCAGCUGUCAGGAUGCAUUCCUCCUGCUAUAAAGGGGGUGGUUUUAAGACAAAGAUAUAACCUAAAUACUUGUGAUGUUGUUUUAUUUAUCUACAUUUCCUUUAACUUUUCUCAGUAAAUUGCAUUGAAAGCGUACUUGUUGGGACUAGAGUUGCAAAAUUCUUGGAAGUUUCAAAGUCGGAAACUUUCCAAUGAAAUUAAUGGGAAUAAACUGGACAUUAGCAAUAUUGCAGGUUAGCCUAUAACAGGAAACUUUAAUGUAGUUGGAAAAAAAAAAAAUUCUCGCAGCAUAAUCUUGGUUAAAACAACCACAUUUUAUGAAAAUUCAGUUGAAUCUCUACCCUGUGAAUUCCUCAAUCACAUGCACACUACUUACUACAGGCUACUUACUACAGGCUACUUACUACAGCAGGUAAGUCAAGUAAGUUUUGGUGAUAUUACUAGGGUAAAUAUAUUUGAUCUAUGGUAUUAAAGUUUAACAAGCAAAAUACUAAAUCAAAAAAUGUGUUUAUACAGUAGCUAGCUAGACCGUAACACGAAUAUGCUAAAUGUAAGCUAGCUAACACCAUUUCAUUGACAGUUUAAGAGGCUAGAUAUCAUGCUGCUAUUGUUUCUUCUGCCUUGUGCUAGCCAAUUUUCAUUUAUCAUACAAGAACGUAGGUAAUAUUUUGAUUUAGCAUGCUGAUUGAGGAGUGUUCAUCUAUUCAUCUAGCCUAUUUCUAUUCAUUUGUCUUGAAGCUUGUGUUUUUUACAAGCUUUUUUCUAAUCUUAUUCUACAGAACAAUGCCACGUGCGCCAUCUGAUGUGUGGAUACAUUUCACCUCAGCCGAUGUAGAAGUAAAGGCUGUGUAUAUUUGCAAAUACUGUGCGAAGACAUGUGUUACGAAUGCCUCAAAGAUGCAGCAGCAUAUAGCUAAGUGCCCAAAGGUUUUUCCAAAAUUUCCCAGCUUAACUUCCCAUGGAAAGUUUCUGGAAAUGUUCUGCCCCUUUGCAACCCUAGUUGGGACAGAAAACCAUCAGAUUUAAUUUAUUCGAAGUUUAUGAACUAAAGUGGACAAUGGAGCUCUCUUGUGGCCAAAUAACACAAUUGCUUUUCUAAAAAUAAAAAAAAAGAUGGGUUAAGAGGAAAAAGAGAAAUAUGAUCAAUAUAUCCAGGUAUUGUGCCUUGUGAGAACGGUUGCAUAUUUAGCCUAUAAAAUCACAGUUAUGUGAGUGAGAACACAUUAAUUACACAUUGGACAAUAUUUUUAAGCCAUGAUGUAUCAGCUAUUUUUCAUUUUUGUUUUGGGACCAGUGAAAAUUUUGGCAGGGCAAGUUAAAGUCUGAAGCAAUGGGUAGUGAAAUUCAAGUACUCAGGCCAAUUCAGGCCAUCACUUUUAUGCUGCUUUAUAAAGCCUCUUUAUUUCACACCAAUUUAUUUCACCUCAUUCAUUAUGGUGAUGUCUUUGAUCUCCUGUAAACUGCAACAUUAAGCACAUUUCAUUGUGUCUUCAGGAACAUCACUGAGAUAAUUGAACAUUUAUUACUGAACAUUUAUAACUGUUUCCAGUUUUCCUUUUAGGAUUUGUGUAUUUUUUCAAGUUUGAACCAAACAGUGUGCUUAAAUAAAUAUACAUAUUAAAUUAUAUAAAACAUAUUAAAAGAUAAUGCAAGACAGAUGACAGAGAAUGAGAACUGUGAGUAAAAUAAAGAAAAAUACAGCCUAUACAUUCAGAAUCAGAAUCAGCUUUAUUGCCAAGUAUGCUUACACAUACAAGGAAUUGGUCUAGGUGACAGGAGCUUCCAGUCAACAAUACCAAAAACAGCAGCAAGACAUAGGUAAUUAAAAACAAAAAAGAACACAAAAUAAAUAAUUAUACAUACACUCACCUUCAUACAUAACCACAUACACACGUAGUGCAAAUCUAAUACAAUCUGUUAUAUAAAGAACAAAAACCUGUAUAUUAUGUACAGAGCAAUGUAAGUAAUGGCAGAAGUGGAUAUGUUGGAUAAUAUAAAUUAAAAUCAAAAUUAAACUGUGUAUUGCACAUAAUUAUUGCUCAAUGGGGCAAUUUAAUUGUUCAUUAGAUGGAUGGCCUGAGGGAAAAAAACUGUUCCUGUGUCUGACGGUUCUGGUGUUCAGAGCUCUGAAGCGCCGGCCAGAAGGCAACAGUUCAAAAAGGUAGUGGGCAGGGUGAGUGGGGUCCAGAGUGAUUUUACCAGCCUUUUUCCUCACUCUGGAAGUGUAUAGUUCUUGAAGGGGGGGCAGGGGGCAACCAAUAAUCCUCUCAGCAGACCGAACUGUCCUUUGUAGUCUUCUGAUGUCUGAUUUCGUAGCUGCACCAAACCAGACAGUUAUUGAAGUGCAGAGGACAGACUCAGUGACUGGUGAGUAGAACUGUUUCAGCAGCACUGGUGGCAGGUUGAACUUCCUCAGCUGGCGAAGGAAGUACAACCUCUGCUGGGCCUUUUUCACAAUGGAGUCGAUGUGUAUCUCCCACUUCAGGUCCUGUGAGAUGGUAGUGCCCAGGAACCUGAAUGACUCCACUGCUGCCACAGUGCUGUUUAGAAUGGUGAGGGGGGACAAUGUUGGGGUGUUCCUCCUAAAGUCCACAAUCAUCUCCACUGUUUUCAGCUCCAGGUUGUUUUGACUGCACCAGAAAGCCAGCCGUUCAACCUCCUUUCUAUAUGCAGACUCAUCAUCAUCUUGGAUGAGACCGAUGACAGUGGUGUCGUCUGCAAACUUCAGGAGCCUGACAGAGGGGUCCUUGGUGGUGCAGUCAUUGGUGUACAGGGAGAAGAGAAGUGGGGAGAGCACACAUCCCUGGGGGGCACCAGUGCUGAUGGUACAGGUGGUGGAAGUGAAUUUUCCCUGCCUCACAAGCUGCUGUCUGUUCGUCAGAAAGCUGGUAAUCCACUGACAGGUUGUUGAGAAAUGAAGGUGGCAAUAUUCGAGGAAGACAUCCGGAAGGAAGAGCAAACGAACAUUGAUGUUAUCCAUCUCUCUCUUGGACAAUCGCAAAGAGAUGGAAACAGCUCAAAAAGUCAUUUUAAACAACUGUGACAACAACUCUGUGUAAACAUAAGAAGGGACAAUCCCCCCGGAGCAACCUGGAGUUAAGUGCCUUACUCAAGGAACCUGUGACCUUCUGAUUAACAGCCCUGUGCUUUAGCCACGACACCACCAGCACUCAAGAAAAGAUCAACUUAAUCAGUAAAUUGGAUCCUUCACCUAACAGCAAGUUUCAUCAAGAACCUUAUUUAAUAAUCAUAUGGGCAAAUAAAACAUGAAGAUACUGAGGAACAAAUAGAUCUGGUUCUUUGGGCCUCCAAACAUCACAGCAGUAACAAUUCACACCUUCAUUGAAGCCACUCCCACAACAAAUCACCAAUAAAUACUGUGAAUAUUCCCAUCAUCCUACAAGAGAAGUUCUUCAGACCAGCAGGAAGAUCUCCAGGUGUAACAACUGAAAUCUGUGUGAUAUAAUAUGGAAAAGAUGGAGUUUAUUAAAGAGGAGAAAGAAGACAUGAGUUAUCUAGAGCCAUACAACAUAAAACAUGAAGAUACCGAGGAACAAAUAGACUUCAUAAAAGUGAAAGAAGAAAGCCAAGAACUGAAUGAAGUGGUGGAGGAACAUCAGGAUCAGAAGCCUCAUUUCUUAAGUGGAGAAACACAAAACCAAACUCAAACAACAGAGGACAAAAACUCUUUCACCUGCUCUCAAUGUGGAAAGAGUUUUAAACGUAAACACACACUUGAGAUGCACUUGAGAAUUCACACUGGAGAGAAACCUUUCACAUGUACUCAGUGUGGAAAAAGUGUUGCACGUAAAGACAAUCUUAAUAACCACAUGCGAACUCACACUGGAGAGAGGCCUUUUACAUGCCCUGAGUGUGGAAAAAGUUUUGCACGUAAAAACAAUCUUAAUAACCACAUGCAAACUCACACUGGAGAGAAACCUUUCACAUGUACUCAGUGUGGAAAAAGUUUUGCACGUAAAGACAAUCUUAAUAACCACAUGCGAACUCACACUGGAGAGAGGCCUUUUACAUAUCCUGAGUGUGGCAAGAGUUUUAAAUGGUUAACCAAUUUCAAAGAUCAUCUACUCUCUCACUCUGGUCUAAAGCCUUUUCACUGUGAUCAGUGUGGUGAAAGUUUUAUUUCAGCAUCAGUUCUAAGAAAGCAUCUGAAUCUUCAUGCAAGGCCGUACUUGUGUUGCUGUGGAAAGAGUUUUUCAUGGCUGAACAGCUUGAAAGCUCAUGAGAAAACACACACUGGUGUUAAAGAUCAUGUGUGCUCUGACUGUGGAAAGGGCUUCACUGCAGCCUGCGACUUGAAAAAACACCAGAGAAUUCAUACUGGAGAGAAACCGUACAAGUGCUCACAUUGCGACAAGCGCUUCACUGUGUCAGGAAACCUGAAAACACAUGAGAGAGUUCAUACUGGAGAGAAACCGUACAAGUGCUCACAAUGUGAUAAAAGUUUUGCUCACACGGGACCAUUGAAAACACAUCAGAGAGUUCACAUGGAUAGAAACUGAACCAGUGCAGUCUAUGUGGGAGGAGUUUUACUCGAUUGGCGUAUCUAAUUAUUCACAAAUAAAAGCAAUGUUCAGUAAGGCAAUGUCAUAUGGAAUAAUGUGAGAUUUAGGUUUAUUAAAAAUAGGAAUCAUCCAAUCUAAAAAGUUUGCAUUAUUUACAUGUAGAGUAGUUCAUUAUUUCAUUAUUAAUACAACUUUCAAAACAAUCAUGUAAAAAAUAAACACUUAUGCUAAAAUGAACUGA